CUGCCUGAGUCAACCACCAGAGCCAUUUUGCCUUUGGAUUGGAGAACAUAAAGGCAACUACGGAAGAUCUCAUCCCCCCAGCAAUUCAUUCUCAGCCAGACCAGAGAACACACCCAGUUACAAAAACUCAGCAAGGUACAUUGUGGGUGUGCUGUCUGUCUGUCUGUGGGGGUUGCUGUCAUUCCUGGCUUCUAAUUCAGGAGCUCUCAAUUACUCAGAAACUGUCAACCAAGAACAAGCAACAACAUAGAGAGCAACAUACAGGAGCUAAAGCAAAAAGCUGUUUGGUCAUUAUUUCACAGGCACAAAAAGGUACUCGAAGGUUGCCCGGGCCAUCGCUGGUCGUGAGCUCCCAGCGCGAUGGCAGCAGCGUCGGUGAAGGUGGCAGUGAGGGUCCGCCCCUUCAAUUCCAGGGAGAUCAGCAAAGAUUCCAAAUGCAUUAUACAGAUGACAGGCAACACUACCACCAUUCUCAACCCCAAACAGCCUAAAGAGAACAAGAGCUUCAACUUUGAUUAUUCCUACUGGUCUCACACCUCUCCGGCAGAUAUAAACUAUGCAUCGCAGCAGCAGGUUUACAGAGACAUUGGGGAGGAGAUGUUGCAGCACGCCUUUGAGGGAUACAAUGUCUGCAUCUUCGCCUACGGACAGACUGGAGCUGGCAAAUCCUACACCAUGAUGGGCAGACAGGAAAAGGACCAACUGGGCAUCAUUCCAUUGAUGUGUGAAGACCUAUUCUCCAGAAUCAAUGAUAGCAAUAUUGACAAUAGCUUGUCCUAUUCUGUGGAGGUGAGCUACAUGGAGAUCUACUGUGAGCGAGUACGUGACCUGCUGAAUCCCAAGAACAAGGGCAACCUGCGAGUGCGAGAGCACCCCCUCAUGGGCCCCUACGUGGAGGACCUGUCCAAACUGGCUGUGACCUCCUACAACGACAUCCAGGACCUCAUGGACUCUGGAAACAAGGCCAGGACCGUGGCAGCCACCAACAUGAACGAGACAAGCAGUCGCUCCCAUGCUGUUUUCAACAUAAUUUUCACACAGAAAACACAGGAUGCGGAAUCUGACAACACCUCUGAGAAGGUGAGCAAAAUCAGCUUGGUUGAUCUGGCGGGCAGCGAAAGGGCAGAUUCCACAGGGGCCAAAGGGACCAGGUUAAAGGAAGGUGCAAAUAUCAACAAAUCUCUGACAACUCUGGGGAAGGUUAUCUCAGCCUUGGCGGAAGACUCAGGAUCAAAUAAGAACAAGAAAAAGAAAAAGGCAGAAAACUUCGUCCCCUACAGAGACUCGGUAUUGACUUGGCUACUGAGGGAAAACCUGGGUGGAAACUCUCGUACUGCUAUGGUGGCUGCGCUCAGCCCUGCUGAUAUCAACUACGAUGAGACUCUCAGUACUCUCAGGUAUGCAGAUCGGGCCAAGCAGAUCCGCUGUAACGCAGUGAUUAACGAGGACCCCAACAACCGUCUGGUUCGAGAGCUAAAGGAGGAAGUGUCCAGACUGAAGGACCUGCUGUUAUCACAAGGACUGGGAGACAUUAUAGCAACGUUUCCAGGGAAGAGCAGCGAGACUGCCGGUUUGAAAUACAUAUCCGAUUUCAAGAUUAACAAAAAUCACCAAUCUGUCAAUCAAAGGGGUGAUCUUUCCACAGUGGCCAAUGUGACGACAGGGAUGAGCCCCUCUCCCUCUCUCUCCACCCUCUCCAGUCGGGCGGGAUCCAUCAAUAGCCUCCAUGACCGGAUCAUGUUCAGUCCUGGCAGCGAGGAGGCCAUUGAGAGGCUCAAGGAAACUGAGAAAAUCAUCGCUGAGCUCAACGAGACGUGGGAGGAGAAACUCCGCCGGACAGAAGCCAUCAGGAUGGAGAGAGAGGCUCUGCUUGCAGAGAUGGGCGUGGCCAUGCGUGAGGACGGAGGCACAGUGGGCGUGUUCUCACCAAAGAAGACCCCUCACCUUGUGAACCUGAAUGAAGAUCCUUUGAUGUCAGAAUGUCUUUUGUACUACAUUAAAGAUGGAAUCACCAGGGUGGGCCGUGAGGAUGCUGCCAGCAGACAGGAUAUUGUGCUGAGUGGACACUUCAUCAAGGAUGAGCACGGCACGUUCACCAGCACAACCUGCCCACUGGGAGAGGUUUCAGUUAUCUUGGAGCCAUGUGAAGGAGCAGAGACCUAUGUUAACGGGAAGAAAGUUUCUGAGCCUACUAUCCUCCGAUCAGGAAACCGCAUCAUCCUGGGGAAGAGCCACGUGUUCCGGUUCAACCAUCCAGAGCAGGCGAGACAGGAGCGGGAACGCACCCCCUGUGCCGAGACCCCUGUUGAGCCUGUCGAUUGGGCCUUUGCACAGCGCGAGCUGCUCGACAAACAGGGCAUUGACAUGAAGCAGGAGAUGGAACAGCGGCUACAGGAGUUGGAGGAUCAGUACCGACGGGAGCGAGAGGAAGCAAACAACCUCCUGGAGCAGCAGAGGCUGGAAUAUGAGAGUAAGUUGGAGGCUCUGCAGAAGCAGGUGGACUCCCGCUAUUACCCAGAAACCACAGAGGAGGAGGAGGAGCUGGAGGAAGAAGUGCAAUGGACUGAGCGAGAGCUGGACCAGGCUCUGUGGGCCUUCCGGAAGUGGAAAUGCUACCAGUUCACGUCGCUGAGAGACCUGCUGUGGGGGAAUGCCAUCUUCCUGAAAGAGGCCAACGCCAUCAGUGUGGAGCUCAAGAAGAAGGUUCAAUUCCAGUUCGUUCUGCUGACGGACACCCUGUACUCCCCUCUAUCCACUGAUCUACUGCCCCCUGAUGCUGCCAAGGACCGGGAAAAGCGUCCCUUCCCACGCACCAUUGUGGCUGUGGAGGUGCAGGACCAGAAGAAUGGGGCCACCCACUACUGGACGCUUGAGAAACUCAGACAGAGGGUGGAUCUGAUGCGGGAGAUGUACGAUCGCGCAGCAGAGGUGCCCAGCAGUGCUAUUGACGACUGUGACAGUGUCAUGACUGGCGGAGACCCUUUUUACGAUCGCUUCCCAUGGUUCCGCCUGGUGGGCAGUUCCCAUGUCUCUGGCUGCACUAGCACCCCCAUUUUCAACACAUGCAUGAGCGAGCGCAUGGCAGAUCUCACCCCCUCCCCCACCCUCUCCAACCCUGACUCUGACAUUACCGAGCUCGCAGAUGAGCGGCAUGAUGGGAAGGUGGAGGAGGAGGAGGAGGAGUUGGAGGACCUGGAAGAUGAGAUCUUUUUGGACGACCCGUGUUCCGAGCUGGGGGGAGAUGAGGGAGAGCACUGCCCAUUCUCCGGCGAAGGCCAGGACCCCUUUUAUGACCGCUCACCUCUAUUCAGUGUAGUGGGAAGGGCCUUCGUGUACCUCAGUAACCUGCUGUACCCAGUCCCACUGGUUCACCGCGUCGCCAUCGUCAGUGAGAAGGGAGAAGUGAAGGGAUUCCUCAGGGUGGCUGUUCAGGCCAUUUCUGCUGAUGAGGAGGCCCCAGAUUAUGGUUCUGGUGUGCGACAGUCUGGGACAGCCAAGAUCUCCUUUGAAGACCAGCAGUUUGAGAAGUACCAGACAGCGUCGUGUACAGUGGGAAUGUCUCAUUCAGAAACCUCACAGGAAGAGCUGAGGAUCGUGGAAGGGGAGGGGCAGUCCUCAGACCUGGGGCUGUCCGCUGAUGAGGUCAACAACAACACCUGUGAAGCUAGUCCAGAGGAACCUGACAGUCUGCUGAAGCUGAGCACAGAGACACAAGCAGAGGAAUCACUGGAGCAUCUCAAGAUCGGCAGCAUCUUCACCUUCCGUGUGACAGUGCUGCAGGCCUCCAGCAUCUCUGCUGAGUAUGCAGACAUAUUCUGCCAGUUCAACUUUAUUCACCGGCAUGAUGAGGCCUUCUCAACUGAACCACUGAAGAACACAGGCCGCGGCCCUCCACUGGGAUUCUAUCAUGUUCAAAAUAUCGCGGUCGAGGUUACCAAAUCCUUUGUGGAGUACAUCAAGACCCAGCCUAUUGUGUUUGAAGUUUUUGGGCACUACCAGAGACAGCCCUUCCCACCUCUCUGCAAGGACCUCAUCAGUUCACUGAGACCUUCAAGAAGGCAAUUCCCCAGAGUCAUGCCAUUAUCCAAACCAGUACCUGCAACCAAGCUGACCACCCUGAGACGCCCGACUGCGGGGCCAUGCUACUGCAAGUAUGACCUGAUGGUAUUCUUUGAGAUCUGCGAGUUGGAAGCAAACGGAGACUACAUCCCAGCAGUGGUGGACCACAGGGGUGGGAUGCCGUGCCAUGGGACCUUUUUGCUGCACCAGGGUAUCCAAAGAAGAAUCACUGUUACCAUUGUGCAUGAGACAGGCGGUGACAUUGAGUGGAAGGAAGUGAGGGAGCUGGUUGUUGGUCGUCUCCGUAACACACCAGAGGCCGAUGAGACAAUCAUUGACCCCAACAUCCUGUCUCUGAACAUCCUCUCGGUCGGAUACAUCCAGCCCUGCCAGGACGACAGACAGUUUCUUGAUUCGGAUAUGCCUAGCAUUUCGUUGGGAAGUGACCAUAGAACCUUCUACCGUUUUGAGGCUGCCUGGGACAGCUCGAUGCACAACUCCCUGCUUCUGAACCGUGUUACACCAUAUGGGGAGAAAAUAUACAUGACCCUGUCAGCUUACCUAGAGAUGGAGAACUGUACUCAACCAACAGUGAUUACCAAAGAUUUCUGCAUGGUGUUUUACUCCAGAGAUGCCAAAUUACCUGCCUCUAGAUCCAUCCGUAACCUCUUCGGCAGUGGAGGACUCAAGGCAUUGGAGAGUAACCGUGUUACUGGUGUUUACGAGGUCAGCUUGUGUCAUCUGGCAGAUGCUGGAAGCCCAGGCAUGCAGAGGAGGCGCAGAAGGGUCCUAGAUACAUCAGUGGCCUAUGUACGAGGAGAAGAGAAUCUGGCUGGAUGGAGGCCUCGCAGUGACAGCCUCAUUCUGGACCACCAAUGGGAACUGGAGAAACUCAGCCUACUACAGGAAGUUGAGAAGACCCGGCACUACCUGCUGCUGCGGGAGAAGCUGGAGACGCUGCUGCUGUGCAGCCAGGACUCCCUCCUGGCCUGCGAGUAUGCCACCGAGCCUCACAGCAUCUCCUUCCUCACAGACACUAGCCCCCAGGGCCCAAGUGGUGCUCCUGACAGCCCCAGUGAGAGACAGAAAGAGCUGGCCAUCAAGUGCCUGCGGCUCCUCACUCACACAUUCAACAGGGAAUACAGUCACGUGUGUGUCAGCGCCAGUGAGAGCAAGCUGUCUGAGAUGUCGGUCACCCUGAUGAGGGAUUCGUCGGCCUCGAUGCUGAGCAGCACGCUGACCCCCUCCUCGACCUGCCCUUCACUGGUGGAGGGGCGCUACGACAACUCUGAGCUCAGAACCCCAGAGCCAUGCUCCAGAGCUGUCAGUCCAGAUCCCGACACUGUUCCAGAUGGAGAGAUGAAGUCUCCUAGUGGAGCGCAGGAGCUCAAGAGGAGAGUGCGAGCCUUUGUUCCUGAUAUCCAGGAGAUCCGUGUCAGCCCGAUCGUGUCAAAGAAGGGCUAUCUGCACUUCUUGGAGCCACACACCAACGGCUGGGUAAAGCGUUUUGUGGUGGUGCGCCGCCCAUAUGUCUACAUCUACAACACUGACAAGGACAGCGUUGAGCGUGCCAUCCUGAACCUGUCUUCUGCGCAGGUUGAGUACAGCGAGGACCAGCAGGCUAUGUUGAAGACCCCAAACACGUUUGCAGUGUGCACUGAGCAUCGUGGGAUACUGCUCCAAGCAAACAACGAAAAAGACAUGCAUGACUGGCUGUACGCAUUCAACCCCCUUCUGGCCGGAUCUAUCAGAUCAAAGCUCUCGAGGAGAAGAACUGGACAGAUGAGGAUCUGAAUAGCCAAUCACUUUUCUCUCCCUCUCCACCUUUCAGAAAAAAAUGACUAACUUUAUAUAUAGAUCACCUGAUUGAACACACCAGUCCUAUGAUGUUCAGUCUGUUCUGUAACCUGCUUGCUCUUGCACAUGCUCAGUUUACCACUGUCAAACCAAGAAGAAAAAACCCAGGGCUUUUAUAUUUGUUGUCUGCCAGAGGCGGUCUCUGACUCGGUUUUUUGCGGGAUUUUUUUUUUUUUUUUUGGGGGGGGGGGGGGGUCUGAAUGAGUUAGGUAGGUUGUAUACAGUUUCAGCACCCACCCCAGCCAGUUUUCCUCUGGUCUCUAGUCCGGAAGAGCUGCUUUGGUUCCUCCCUGUUGAAAAAGGGGUGUUCAGGAGUGUCAGCCCCCCUCCUUCACUGUACAUGCAGGUAAGGGACUUUAGGCUCACCCUGUCAUUCCCCCAUCCCAAGAAUUACUCCUUCUUAAUACUUACAAUUUUGAAAGAAAAAUAUUUUUGAAGAAAUGUAUCAAGCUUGAUGAAUGAUACACUGAAAGUGGCUGACACACAGAAGAGGUAUACCACCUACAUCUUGGAACCAGUGUUCUAUCGUCUAUAACCUACAGAAUGUUACACUUCUCUGGUUUCAUCACAGCACCUGUGUCAGUGUUAUACUAAACAACAAGUAUUUUAUCCAAAAUUUAGCCAGUCCUGCUAGCAGUGUGUCUGUGCAUGAUGGUUAUUUUUAUUUUUUUGUUUGUUUUGUUGUUUUAAAUGUAACUUUCAACUAAUACUGCGCUCUCUAAUCAUUUAGCCAAUCACAAGCCAUGUAUCUUCUGUAGACCUGUGCUGGCAUUCUGUAAAAAAAAAAAAACCCUGGCUUUCAUCCCUCGUAGGGUAUGAGCCAAGAUAACUUCCCUGUGUACAACAUUUUGUGAAAGAGCGAGGUAACUGAAGAUGCAGUAAUACUAAGAAAGUCUUUGUCAUGUCUUUUGUGUGAAAAUAAUUGAAAGUAGAACAUUCAUAAUGAACUUGUUGCAGAUUAUUUAAAAAUAUAUUUAUUUAUUGAUCUCUAUACUUGAGUAUUUAAUGGCAUUUUGCACUUUUUUUUAAUUAAGUAUCUCAUUACAGAACAAAACACAUAUAUCGCCCAAUGUGCUUGCAGUUUGCCCUAGAGCCAACGCUGAAGUGUCCUUGUUGUACAGUUUACAGUUGUUGACCAAAAAAAACAAACUUGAGCAGGAUCUGGUGCAACACCUUAUGUUUUAAUAACUUUGCUUACAAUACAGAAAUUGUGAAAGAACAACAAAAAACUUAAUUUGGAAAUUAUCGUUUCCAAAUUUCCAAUGGCCUAACAAGAAAGUGCUAUCAGAAGAGGUAAGAGUUAAAAAGCUGUGAAGUUGUCACAGGAUUCGUUUCUUGGUUAUCGAAGGAUAUUUCUGAGAGGCAUGUAAAAUCAGUUGGGGAAAUAAACAUGGAUGUAUAAUGAUAGCUACACAUAUAAGGAAUAUGUGUGAAUUCCUUAGUCUGUAACUAAGCCGAUCCAAUUGCAAAAUAAACCAAGCACUAAUAUGGCUGUUGUAAAGAUUUGAAAGGGAUAUGUUUUAUUGUCUAUAAAUGCUUCCAUUAAAUUAAACCGAUCAGUUGCGGAGCAUUUAAGGUGUUACAUUUUCGGUCCAAAUUGUUUGUUGUUCUUGCAUAAAGUGGAGACUUGAGUCAUACAUUCAGGUACAGUAUAACACCUUUAAACCACUCUGGGAACAAAGUAUGUUUAAAACUACUAUAUUAUAUAUAACAACAGAGCUUAUGCUAAUGUAGAAGUUGCAACAUAGUUCUCCAAAAGAGAAGAAUACCUUCUAAUUCCCUUGUUUGAAGCCUAGCUCCUUAUCUGAAUCUUCUUGUUCUGAGCUAGGCCUGCCACACGUUUGCCUUUAGCUUUGCAUUAUUUUGGUGUUCAACUAUGGGACAACUAUGCAUGAAGUACAGCUCCUAUUGUAUCAGUGAGCGACAGCAUUAAACUUUCACAUCUAAACUAGGUCCACCUUCUAAUGAAUUUGAUUUCCCCUGGCUCUCCUUUUUCGUUUUAUUUUCUUAUGUUUGUAUCUUUUUACUGUGGGUGGGAGGGGGGCUAUAAACCAUUAUAAAAAAGCUGUAGCUUGGCUAUCAAGUCAUCCAGGGGCUAUUAAAGACACUUUAUCUGCAACAGGGAAUAGUAGUAUUGAGUAGCAGGUGCUGCCAAUCCCAAUCCUACAAUAGUGGACAGUGCUUCAGUCACACAGCUGCAAGCGCACAGAUGACAUCACUUUUUUUUGCGGCCUGGAUGUUUUUGUUUUUUUCUGAAUCCUUCAUAAAGUUUAGAAGCAGCUGCGGAAAGGUGUUUCUUUGAGUUUUCAAAUUGUUCCUAUGAACAGUGCAAGAAUGAGUGUGCCUGAGGCUAGCCAACCUACAGAGCAUGCUCAAUUGUAAGCAAUAACACCGUGAGCUCAGAGUAACAGCUAUAUCAUCCAAGAGAAUAAACUAAUGGGAUUUCAAGGAACACUUCUGACAGCUUGGAAGUUUUAAUUAGAAGUUUAAGUUUUCACUGGCCUGGCAGAUCGAUCCUUUUUCUCUGAAUUAGUAAUACCAGACCACAUCUAGUUUUUUUAAUCCCUGCCUUCCCAGUUUAAAAUUCAAAGAUCAAGCCACAAGCUUGUAAGAGAUGCCUGUAACCUGCAGUGCCUCCUAGUCAGGAUUGAAAGAGAAAAGCAGGACACAAUUCUACAGAUUAUUUAGGGCAGUGCUGAUUACUGUGAUACAGGGCUCUUCCUAUCUUAAUGCCUUUUUUGUUCAUGUCAACUGAAAAAUCCUAAUUACAUCAAUUAAACCUCACAAUAAAUCAAUCUGUUUGCCUUCACUACAUAUUUUGCUAAAUUACUGUAUUAAUAGACCUUUGAUCUAUUUGAACACUUCGCAAAAAUGCAAGGAUAUUCAAUUCAAACUAGUGAUGAACAUAUGGCCAUUAUUGGAGACAAUAAUAUGAUCCGCAACCAUUUAUAUCAAUUGAAAAUGUCCCAAAAAUAUUUCAUUCAUCUUAAAAGUGGGUACAAGAUUUCAGUUCAUAUAUAUAUAUAUAUAUAUAUGUGGAUAAUCUUUGAACAGCCUUCAUAGGAAUAAUCUGUCUCAACCACUUCCCCCCCUCCUCUCUCUCUGUGUUUGUGAUGCUGAUCUCCUAAGAUUAUCUCUGGCUAUUGUUCUCAUCCUAACGCCAGGUAGGAAACAAAUGCAGUCAAUAUUGUGAGACCAUUAUGAUUUCAGAUGGGGCUAUUUAAAGUGAACUUCAGUCUCUCAAACCUGCAACAAAGAAAAUGGUUUACUUUUUUUUUAAUUUGCUUUAAACUAUCUUACAAAAACGUGUUACUGCUAACCUGUUGCAUGCUAUCUCAAUAGAUAACAAUUUGCGUUUCUUAUUGCAGUAACUUUUUAAUGUAAGAAAGGACUAGUUUUAGUUACAAAGCUGCAAAUUGUGAGACCUGUACAGCUUGUCACUGUUCACAGUGUGUCUGGCUUUAAGGUAUUGGUUUGUAAAGAAUGCAUGGCAGUUUGUUUUUUUCUGUCUGGAUCAGCACCAACAGCAGUCCCUGCAAGUAACACUGACUGAAUAGCUUGUGUGGCCCCUGCUUCUGCUGCUGUUGUGACAGACAGCAUUGCCUAGAAAACAUGUUUACAAAUGGCUGCUAGUUCUGAAAUGUUUUACCAUUUUCUUUUGCAAAUAAUAAAGCAGCCCAUUCUUGAGUUUCCAGUGUAGGCAUUACAUGAAAUAAAUUACAUACAGUGCUCCCAAAAAUUAGCUAAAGUUCAAUUCCUGUGCAAGGUCUGGCAGUUUAUAAAAUGCUAAAGAGUGAAAGCAGUCAGGUCCAGGCCUUUUCUCUGUGCGAGAAAUGUAGGUUAAAAGAGGAAAUGAAAGAAGGAAUUCAGUAUCAGAGAACACACUGCUGUUAGCUCCCAUACCACAGCAUCAUGCACGUCCUUCUGUGAUCACUGUCAACAGAGCUGACUGGAAUCUGCACAGCAAAAGAGGCACAUUUUUAAUCCAUUGAAUUUCUGUGCUUCCAUCUAAUGUUAGUACCCAAGGAUUCUUCCUAAACUCUGUACAACUAAAGACACUUUUUUUUUUGCUCUGUAAAAACAUGAUUGCUGUGAACAAUGUAUUAUACAACUGUAACGCGUCUGUAUCAUCCCAAAUGGGCUGUAGUUUAAUCAAUGUCUCAACAUAUUUGAGUGUUGGAGUCUUCAAAUGUUUAUGUAUAAUUAACUCCUUGUGGGAUAUUAAAUAAAUGUGGAACUUACA